GUGAUAGUAAACAGCCCGUUCAAGUAUGCAGUGUGGUAGUUCUUGACGUGGGCCGGUCCAUCCAUCCAUCCACAAUACGUGAGUGAGUACUGAGCACGGGGGGAAUUCACCCACCGUCAUCACACACACACACGUAUCGUGCAAGGAGACUCAAGCAAGAUAAAAACCAGCGCUGAUCCACUCUAAGCUAAUCUACUAACCAGGGACACACCGGGAGUGAGUGGUCGAGUUUCGUCGAUCCCGUUCGCUGCCCGCUCCGCGCCGGCAAGUCAUGUCAUUGAGCCCCAAGACACAUUCGACUCCAUUCUCGGUCACAGACAUCCUGAGUCCGCUAGAGGAAUUUGGCUACAGGAAAUCCAUGCUGGAUCCAAGUGGGAACUUCAUGACCACCAUGCAGCCCACCUACCGUAGCCCGCAACACUCACAGAACAUGCAGUCGUCUAUGAACGUACCCGUGAGCAACCCGUACCACAUGCACGUCCCUCAGCUUUCCCAUCCGCCUCUCGGGACCACGUACUGCAACGGGUCCGUCGGAGAACUCUCCCACUACAACGAGCAUGUUCGGCAAUCGGCUUCGAGCUGGUACGGCGCUAACCCGGACCCAAGAUUUUCAAUCUCUCGCUUGAUGAAUCCAGCCUCUCCAAUGAAUAUGAACAUGAACAUGAACAUGAAUAUGAAUAUGAAUAUGAACAUGAGUAUGCCGGGCCUCGGUGGCGAUCUAUCCAAGCCAAUGUUGCCAUCUGCUCAGCGUCGUAAGCGACGGGUGCUCUUCUCUCAAGCCCAAGUCUACGAACUAGAGCGUCGCUUCAAACAACAAAAGUACCUCUCAGCCCCAGAGCGGGAGCACCUAGCUAGCCUCAUUAAUCUCACACCAACCCAGGUCAAGAUCUGGUUCCAGAACCAUAGGUACAAGAUGAAGAGACAGACCAAGGAGAAGAACAUGGCAGACAACAAUAGUGUUUGUCAUCAGUCACCAAGACGUGUAGCUGUCCCCGUUCUGGUCAAAGACGGGAAGCCGUGUAACGGCUCGUCCAACGGCAGCAGCAGCGGUGGUUCGGCACAGGACAGUGCGAGUCCUCAACUCGGAGAUGAUGCCCACAGCACGGGUAGCGACCACGGUAACACCAUGCCGAGUGCCCAUCACGUACCGUCACAUCAAAUCUCAUCGACCGUACAACAACAGGCUCACCUGACUCCGUCAGUUCAUAAGCAAGUACCGGUGAAUUCCACGUCGUCUUGCAGCGGACAUGGUGUCAGCGCUAACACGGGGCAGGGGGUAACUUCAUCCCAUUCCCCGCACCAUCAACCCGUAGCAAUGAACCCUUACCAUUCAAUGAAUGGUACCAACAUGUCCUCAGCCGCACCGUUCCUUUUGCACGGCAGAACAUGGUGACAAUAAUCGUUUUUAAAUAGCUCGAUAUGAACUCUUAGUUUUCCGUGUAACCCUGGAAUGGUUGAAAACUAAAAACUGAUUUUUUUUUUAUAAUACCAAAAAACAAUUUACCACCCAAUACCUCGAAUUCGGUUGGUGGUUUGAACUCCCAGUGAGAGCGCGAGUAUUUGAGUCCAAACAUUUUCUGAAACUACGGCGUGGUGACAUGUUAUCAUAGUAACAUUACUGUAUCUAUAAUUAUAAGCAGAUACUAUUAUUAUGAAACAUUCGUAAGAGAGUUUCAAGAAUGCCAAACUUUGAUCAGAUGAUGGAAUCAAAACACUCUGUGUAGUUUUUGUACAACUUGGGAUGAGUUUAGUCUCUGCGGUGAGGUGAGUCUAUCGUGUAUGUGUCCAGCGUGAACUUAUUUCAGCCUGAAAUUAACGUCUGAUUUUCGCUGCUUUACCUAUCAAGUAAAAACUUUUUGUUUUGUUUGAACUAAUUGGGAUCAGAAGGGCGGUGGCUGUUUUUUCUUUUUAUAGAAUUAACUUUUAGAACCCGUACCAGGUGUGUAGAAAGAGUAGAACUUAUAAUUUAUUACUGUUGUUUGGAAUAAUGUAUUUCAUGGGCACGUCUGUAGAAGAGUUUGUGAAAACAGUUUAAAAAUAUUUCUUUUGGGAAAACAAACAUUAUUCUUUUUUUGAUGAGUGGUUACCGAAAGAAAACUUAGCGGAGAACCGACUCUGUUCAUUUAUUAUUGUUCUGUCCCUUUCCCACUGUUUAUGUCCAGUUAGAAAUAUCACCCAAAGGUCUACACACAAAAACGUUAUAUACGAAAGAAGUUACAAGAUAAUUAUUUACAGCCCGUAAUCAUUUCAAGCCAAGCAAGUUAGUUUUCUCACCUUUCCCGUGGUAGCCUACUUAAUUUAUCAACAUAUUGAGAACAUUGCUUACAAAAUGUGAAACAUCAAGGUACUGCAGAUGACAACACAUUCAUUCUGAUUCAAAAUGUUGUAUAGCUUAUCAAAUUCGACACUUUAAUUCAUUUGUUUGGACAUGACUUACUAAAACACCGAGAUUUGAUCUUCUUUCAAAACGACAACAUCGGAUACAUCAGAUUAUCACGCCACGUCGCCACAUUAUGCUUGUUGUUUUUUGCAUCUAUGGCAGCUAUUUGUUAACUGACUGCAGGUCAGAAAUAUAUCUAAUCAAAUUGAUAACAACCAACGAACGUUUUUGUAUUAUCAACUUAUUUAUUUAUAUUUUUAGUCUCCUUCUAGUUUAAUCUAACAAAAUGGGUUAGAGAUUGUUGGGAUUUCCAAUAAGAAAGAUAAAAUCACGGGAUGCAUCUUCAGGAAAAUUUCCUCAAAUAAUUUGGUUUCGUUCAGCAGUUUAAAAAACAAAAUCAAUUUAGACCUCUUUUAUUUGAUUUUCUUUUAAAUCUUUGUUUUUCUUUCUUA